AUGUCCAAUUCCACACCACCCGUCAUCAAACCUCCCUUCACUCUCGAAACAGCUCUCCAAAAAGUCAAAUUCGCACAAGAUGCUUGGAAUUCCAAAGACAUUGAUCGAAUCACCAAAGCUUACACUCCCGAUUGUGAAUGGAGAAAUCGGAGUGAAUUUCUAAAAGGUCAUUCCGAAAUUCGUGAAUUCCUUCAACGCAAAUUUUCAAAAGAAUUGGAUUAUAAAUUAGAGAAACAAUUAUUUGCCUUUUUGAAUGAUCGAAUUUCUGUUCAUUUCGAAUAUGAAUAUCAUAACGAAGAAGGUCAAUGGUUUCGUGCCUAUGGAAAUGAAAAUUGGGAAUUUGAUCAAGACUCGGGAUUGAUGAAAAAACGUGAUGCAAGUAUUAAUGAUGUGAACAUUGAGGAAAGUGAACGAAGAUUCAAGUGA